AUGCCUGGAACAGAAGUUGAAAUUGCUGCAGAAGCACCAGAAACCACAGAACCUAUAGUGGCAAAGACAGUUGAAAGCGUUAAAGGGGAAGAAGAAAAUGUUGUGAAAAGUACCACAGAAGAGGAAACUGAAGUUGAUGGGGAGAUUCUGUCGGAAGACACUGAUAAAGGCAGCACAAAUGGAAAUGCUGACCCAGAAACUUCAGAAUCAAACACAUCUAUUACAGAUGUGGAGAGUACAACAGAAAAAAGACCAGCAGAGGAUCAGGAAACUGAAGAUGGUGAGGGAGAAAGUCCAAAUAAAAAGGUGAAGACUGAUUCAAAAGAUGCUGAAGUAUCAUCAAAUGGUGCAGAUGAAACUGAGGAACCAACAGAAUCUGCCUAA